UGUAUUCGAAACCUUUGUUCUUGAUCCGAGAACGCGUUCGUAAUUAAAUUCUCAGUUCUCGAACGCCAAGAACACAACUCAGGAACGGGUUCGCGAUUCAAGAAUAUACACCACCACGCUAGGUAGUGUGAAACAAGAACAAGAUGGCGGGAAAAGGUAGUCGUACAAAAAAAGCUAUGGAUCAGGAGGAGGAGAUUUUUACCAUAAGUUUAUUAGACACAACAGACCAAUUGGAGUAUGAAUGUGAUGUAACAAAGGAAGUUUUCCUGCUUCUUCAGACAGAUGCACAAGCAAGAGAGGAAUUCCUCCAGAGUAUGAAAGCAGAUGGGCUAAAACCAGUCGACAAGUCCAAACAAGCUCUGGAUGAAAAACAUGCUGAAGAGAACGAGCAAUUACCAAAAACCUGGGCAAGAAAAGAAACGGAUAUGCUGGUCGCUCUCCGUAUGGAGAAAGAUGAGGAGUUCAGGAAAAGCAAAGUACAUCAGAGAAUAUGGAACAAUAUUGCAGCAGAAAUGACCCAGAAAGGCUAUAAAGUGAAUGGUCAAAAAGCGGCAAAUAAAUGGAAGUCUUUAAAAAGAUCAUAUAUGGAGGUGAUUGACCACAAUUCCAAAAGUGGGAAUGAUGCAAAGACUGUGCCAUAUAUGACCGAUUUCAAUAUGUUAUAUGGAAACAAACCAUCAACCAAGCCAGCUUACACUCUGCAUUCAUCUGGAUCCGGAUCAGCAACCAGUUCUUCUGAAACAAAACUUAAAAAACGAGCAAUAUCUCCUAGCGGAAGCAGCUCCGAAUCAGACACUCCAGUGAAAAUGGUGAAGAAAAUACCAGGUCGACAAAUAAAGAAGAAGAAUACAGUUUUGGACUUCCUGCAGAAUUAUGCAGAAAAACAGUCGGAGCAGAUGAAGCAAUUUACAGGAUUUUCUCAAAGAGCAACAAGCUGCGAAGCUGUCACGUUUGGACAGAUUGUUAGACAUCCUUGAUAAGAAGGGAGAAAAGAAGUGAAUUUGUUAACUUUGUUAACGUUACUGUUUAUGAAGAUGUUUUAUUUGUGCCAUUUUUUUUGAAAUAAUAACUGAGAAAUUUUAUCACAGACUUGUAAUCUUGGAUCUUGAGAUUUUUUUGUUUAACUAGUCAAGUUUAUUAUAUUUUGUUUGUUUGUGCUUUUUACGGUGCAGUUUGUUGGUGAUUCUAUUAAUUACCAAGUUUUUAUUGAUCUAUGAAGAUUUUUUGUUGUGAUAUGGAGAGAUCAAGAAAUGAUCAGUAUUUUUGUAAA